AUGUCUUGGCAACAGUGGUCAGGGCGAAUAAUCGACACGGCGGAAAGCCCACAAAGUCCACAAAAUGUGCCCCGAAACCAACGCGAUGAAGCCCAUCAUCCAUGGCAAAUGAAGGCAGGUCUUCCCUUGAGCACCGCCGGGACAAUGUCUACCCUUGGACACUCCACUGCCGAUGAAGUUCCCCGGUUGCAGAAACCGAAGUAUGUCCACAACCAAGUUUGA